AUGCGUUACUCGUGGCUCAUCGGCCUCCUGGUGGCCGUCUUGGGCUUCACCGUCACGGCCAACCCCGUCCGUCGGCAGCAGCAGCAGUUCGUCGGAUACCUUAUAUCGACCUUCUCCGACCCCGUCCCGCAAGUUCAGCAGUAUCUCUCUAACGACAACAACCCUCUGAGCUACCGGAAGCUCAACGGCGGCAACCCCGUGCUGACCUCGAUAGUGGGCACCCGGGCGGUGCGAGACAUUUACCUGACCAGCAACAGCGCCCGUUCCGAGUACUACAUUAUCGCCACGGACAUCAACGCCCCCGGCUUCAGUUGGGACCGCGCCACCCGCACCGGCAGCCGCGGCCUCGUCGUCUGGCGCUCCACCGACCUCGUCAACUGGUCCGGCCCCAACCUCCGCACCGUCGAGAGCACGACGGCAGGCAUGGCCUGGGCACCCUCCGCCGUCUGGGACGACGCCACGAGCCAGUACUACGUCUUCUGGUCCUCGCGCCUAUAUGCCGCCAACGACCCCAACCACACUGGCUCCGCCGGGCUCGACCGCAUCCGGUAUGCCACCACGCGAGACUUCGUCACGUUCAGCGCGCCCCUCGACUACUACGCCCCGGCCAACAUCCCCGUCAUCGACCAGGAGUUCCUGUACCUGGGCCAGCCGGGACACUACGUUCGCUUCAUCAAGGAUGAGAGGACGAACCAGAUCUUCCAGGAGAGGACCACGGGCGGGCUCUUCGGGUCUUGGACUCGUAACCCUGGGUUCGUUCGUAACGAGACCCCUCGUGAGGGCGCUGUGGCCUUCCGAAACAACCUUGACCCAAACCUGUAUCACCUCUGGCUCGAUGACUACGUCCAAUAUCUCCCCUACCAGACUACCAACAUUUUAAACCCUGGUAUCUGGACGCCUUCGAAUACGAACGGGUUCCCUGGAGGUGUGAAGCACGGCUCCGUGUUCCCACUUACGCAGGCCGACAUGAAGUUCCUGUGUACUCUUCCUUGCGUCGUGAUUGCGAUUGCUCUCCCCCCCCCGGAGACUCAGGCAAUCAAUGAUCUCAUCUACCCUUACGCAACUUAUCGAUACCGGGUUCAAACGGGCAAGACCGUCAUUGAUCCUCAGGACCAGCUCCUGAUCGUCAAAAACGGGAAAUCUGCCUAUGAAAUAACAACCAUUGUGACGUUCCAGUUCGACCAAAGCACUCAAGGGAAAACCUGCGAACUCGUGUUCGAGCUCUGGGAUCGAGACGUCUCAACCGGAACCCAAACCCUAGAUGUUUUCACUUAUUCUGAUCCUCCAAGACCUCUUGUGCAACUCACGGCCGCUGACAUUGUUCAACUGGUCUCGGCCAAGAGCAGAGACAAUCAUGCUGGUCGAAUUUGCUCCGAAGCCUAG